AAUCCUAUAAAUCCAAUCCUCCCCUAAGUCAACUCACUCUCCAUUCCUCUCUUCUCCUCCUUCUUCGACUGGGUGAUCAUCGAUCAGUCAAUCUUACUCGUCCAGUGAUUCGUGUUGGAUGAUUUACGAUCUAUUCUCGCCAAGACAUAAACAGUUACGGAAGUAAAAUCAGCCUUUAGGAUAUGGGGAACAAUUGUGUCAGCUCAAGAUACACGGACAGCCUGCUCCAGUCGAUUUCGAGCUCAUUGUGGUGGACCCGAGCGAAUGAUGGUAUGGCGGCUCAACCGAGGAUCAACAAUAGCCGAACCAUGCCGGUGGAUGAGGAGGACUAUCCUCCUUCUCCUCCAUCGGUGGUGGCAGAGAGCAAGGCUCCGGCACCGGUGAAGAUGACCCAGGAAAAACCUUUCAAGGCGGAGGAGAAUCGGGAGACUAAUAAAUUGAAGAAGAAAUCGCUCGGAGAAUGGAAGAGGCAGCCCAGCGCGGGUCUAAUGGCGGACUCGGUCUUGCAGACCAAAACGGGUAACCUGAAGGACUACUACACACUGGGGAGGAAGCUCGGGCACGGGCAGUACGGGACAACCUUCCUCUGCGUGGAGAAAUCCACGGGGAAAAAGUACGCCUGCAAGUCCAUCUCAAAGAGGAAGCUUCUGACGGUUGAAGACCUGGAGGACGUGAGGAGGGAGAUUCAGAUCAUGCACCACAUCUCCGGGAAUCCUAAUGUCAUCUCCAUCAAGGGGGCCUACGAGGACUCGGAGGCAGUUCACGCGGUAAUGGAACUGUGCAGUGGAGGGGAGCUGUUCGAUAGGAUAGUGAGCCGAGGCCAUUACAGCGAGAAGAAGGCUGCAAACCUCGCGAGGACUAUCGUGAGUGCAGUUGAAGCAUGCCACUCGUUGGGGGUCAUACAUAGGGAUCUCAAGCCCGAGAAUUUAUUGUUUGUUGACGAAAAGGAGGACUCGCCCCUCAAGGCAAUAGAUUUCGGGUUAUCGGUUUUCUUCAAGCCAGGGGAUGUAUUUACUGAUGUGAUGGGAAGUUCGUUUUACGUUGCACCAGAAAUUCUGCAGAAACGUUAUGGUCCUGAAGCAGAUGUGUGGAGCGCUGGAGUGAUCAUUUACAUUCUUCUGUGCGGAGUUCCUCCUUUCUGGGCCGAAAACGAGCAAGAGAUAUUUGAGGAGAUUUUGCAUGGAGGUCUUGACUUUUCAUCGGAUCCGUGGCCUAAUAUUUCCGAAAGUGCGAAAGAUCUCGUCAGAAAGAUGCUCGUCAGGGACCCAAAAAAACGGCUUACUGCCCAUGAAGUCCUCUGCCAUCCUUGGGUUCAAGUUGACGGCGUGGCUCCGGACAAGCCUCUUGAUCCUGCAGUCUUAACUCGCUUGAAGCAGUUCUCUGCUAUGAACAAACUCAAGAAGAUGGCUCUCAGAGUAAUCGCAGAGUGCCUUUCCGAGGAAGAAAUCGCAGGUUUAAGGGAAAUGUUCAAGAUCAUCGAUGCCGAUAACAGUGGUCAGAUCACAUUUGAAGAACUUAAAUAUGGGCUCAGAAAAUCCGGCGCGAAUCUUGAUGAGUCCGAGAUACUUGAUCUGAUGAAAUCCGCCGAUAUCGAUAACAAUGGCACCAUAGAUUACGGGGAGUUUGUGGCUGCAACAUUGCAUCUAAAUAAAGCUCAACGGGAGGAUCAUCUGUUUGCAGCUUUCUCAUACUUUGAUAGAGACGGGAGCGGCUAUAUAACAAAGGACGAGCUCAAACAAGCCUGCGAGGAGUUCGGAAUGGAGGAUGUUCGACCAGAGGAAAUGAUCCAGGAAAUAGAUCAGGACAACGACGGUCGAAUAGACUACGACGAGUUUGUGGCGAUGAUGCAGAAAGGGAACAAUACUGCAGAUUUCGGAGCGAUGAGCAUACAGAAGAUCAGGACUAGGAGUUUUAGUAUCGGAUACAGAGAGGCGAUUUGGGUUAGGUGACACAGUACUGAGCCCAACGCUCUUUCUUUCAUGAUCUUAAUCAUCUUCUCUAUACAAGGGGUUGAAUCCAAAACCACAGUCCACUAAUUCCUUCUUUCAUGUCCAUAACAAUAACUACUCUCAUGUAAUAUAAGUCCUGACCGAAAUGAGGCUUCUGGCCCGAAGCCGACCGCCGCAUAAGACCGUGUCUAAGUCCGUAUUGGAACGAGGAAAAGUUCGAGUUCAUUCUUGUACUAGCUGUUGUUGUGUUAGCUAGCAUCUAUAUCUUCCUCCCAUGUGAUCAGGGAGGCACCAAAAUUAUAUUCCAAUAAGCCCUGGAGAUCAAAUCGCUUU